AUGGCGAAUAUGAGUGAGCGUCGCGGCAAAAGACCUUCCACGCACAUUGACCUGCAAGAUGCUCUUGCGCGAGCUACCCCGGAAACAGAUCGUCGAAUCGAGGGGCCCAACAGCGGGUCGCUUGAUAACCGCUUCCCACCGAAGCGGUCUAAAAAGAAGAAUCAAGAUGCAUUCAUGCCCAUUGGAGUUCAUCAGCAGUCCACAAAAAGUGACGCCGGUUUGAUAGCGGCACCACCCCGGACGCCCAAAUCGUCAUGGCAGACCUACGAGAAACUAUUUGACCUUCAACUCGGAGACAGCGACUACUUUACUGUAGCAGAAAAAAAGGACCCAGACGUUGAAAGCAAUUCUGUGGUGAUCCUCAAGACUUUUACGGGCACAAAGGCAGAAAGCCAUGUGCAGGCGAUACGGGGGAUCCAGCACAACCGCUUUGUCAACGCUCACCUCUUUUUUGCCAUAGAUGAUGGAUACCUCGUUUCCUUCGAGUUCAUGCCUAUGGCAUUGUGCGAAGUUGCAGACUGCAACCCAUUCCCCGCUGACUGCUGGCCAGGGGGCCAAGAACACAUUCGAAGCUCAACAGCAGCGUGCCCGCAUGCGAAGGCUGUCGGGGAAAUCAUUAUGUACCUUGCACAUGGGCAGGCGAACGAAUCUGGCAAUGUCGGGCUGGAUGAUCCCGGACGGUUCCCGCUGACCGUCGAGUUUCUUUCUGCGACGCAGAGAACUUCUAAGAUAGCCUCAAUCGCACAAGUAAGUCGCCCUGAUGUCGUGCAAAGACCCAUUACGGCGCUGACCAUGACAGGAGCCUUUAUUGAAAGAACUGCCCUGGCACAAGACAAGGCUCGCAGGACUAGUCACUUUGACAAGCACGUGGAUUGGCAGCGGAUAUAG